AUGUCGAGAACCGCCUCUACAGGCUCCAUCAAAUCCAGGCCCAGUGCGAUAUCGACUCGGUCCUUCGCUCGAUACGAACCAGACAAUACAUCACCUUCCCUGGAACGGAGCAGAGCCCACACACUGCAAGCCAUUUCCUCCGUGGAGUCGCCGACGAAGCUAGAUACUGAGAGGGAAGACGUGUUCGAGAAAACCAUCCACGAAGAAAAUGAACCGCCUUCCCCAGAUCUGGGACGGUCCCCGGCUCUCCACGACCUGCUUGACGACCUGCCCGUCGAACUGGCCAGUUUUUCCGACAGAUUCGUGGAGUCUUUAGGUGCCAAAGUUUACAAUGAACCACCCUCUAUCGACCAACUCUCUGAACUUUUCCAAGAAUUCUAUGCCCGGGCUUCCGGCGCCAUUUCCAUCCACAUAUCUGCGCUCAAAUCCCGACUCAAUCGGGACCAAUUGCCAACACAGUUGAAAGCCUCACUGCGAACGAAGACCUUGCCAAGUACGUCGUCUAAUGACUCUCUAGCCCCUCCAGACAAUUCGGGAGGCUUCCAGCAGCUGUUGACGGCAGCGGAGGUGACCGAAAGGCGGAAACGGAGAAAGCUGCUAGAACACAAAAGGAUAUUGUUAGAAGAAGCCGUCGAAAAGAGAGUCUGUGAGCAGAUAUACAACAAAAUAUGGAGACACAAGAGUACACUGGACGAGGUGAGAGAUGAGAAAUUGAGGUCGAAGACAGGGGCGUUAUCACUAGUCGGAAUUGGGCUCAAGGAUUUAGGCAUCGAAUGGAGUUCGGACACCGAGAAGACGGCCGAAGAUGUUCAGGCCUCACUUAUACCUGCAAGAGAAGAGCUUGCCAAGAUGAACGAAGAGCACUACCCGCUGGGGAAAUUGCAGCAUUUGACUGCUGCGCAUAAAGCGAUCGUCGACACCCUUUAUUCGAUACACCCAUCUUCGUCCUCUGCGGACGAGAUCCUGCCUACAUUGAUUUACACUCUGAUCACAUCUCCGAUUGAGGGUAUCAAUGUCAUUAGCAAUCUUUACUUUAUCCAGCGGUUUCGAGCGGCGACCAAAAUUGAUGGGGAAGCAGCAUACUGUUUGACGAAUCUGGAGGCCGCAGUGAGCUUCCUAGAAAAUGUCGAUUUGGCAAGCCUUAGGGCAGAUGAACUGCCCGAAGGUCCCAGAAAGGCUUCAACACAUAUCGCGACAGAAAGUCCAGACAAACUUGAAGCCUUUCCUCCCCUUUCCGGGACGGUUCCAACACCAUCGCCACCGACAACGGCCGCAUCGGUAUCUAAUGCGACUGGAACAGGUGUGGAGUUAAGCCCAGCGACAUCAAUCCUGUACCGUCUGCCUGAAAAGCCCAUUGUUGUCCCUUCAACUCGCCACCAACGUACCUUCUCCGAUUUGCUGCAGCCUAUAAGCAACGCAAACGAAGCCAUGCGUUCCACGGCGGAAGAAGGGUUUAAGAACAUGUCUAUUACACUAGACAACAGUUUCAAAUUCCUAUUAGGCAAGUUGAAGGAGCGAGGCACCGAAGACUCCAACGCCGAAGUGAUUGUGCCGAAAACACUGGAUGAAGCCAGGCAAUUGGUUAGUCGGCCUCUCACGCCGAACGAGGAGGACCACGCCCUCAGCGAAUCCAGCUCCAUUAUUGACGGCCAGCAUACGCCAAUAUCUUCCAAUCUGACGAAAACAGAGGAUAAGAUACUGAGUCUACUAGGCGGACGCAAAGCAGCAGUGCGUGAACGAAGUGUGGACAGUGUGAAGAGCAAUGAAGGCGGGAAAAAGGCGGUCUUUGCGGCAGGCAAUGAUUCAACUUCGCUGCCGGAUGGAGGAUACGCAGCCACCAACGCGGAAAAAGCUGUUCCAUCAGUAACCCAGCCAACGAGUAGCAAUCCGCUCGAGUCCGUCAAGAGCUUCGGCACCAGCCUCAAUCCGAUGAGCCAUAUUGGCUCUGCAUUUGGUGGUGCAUUCGGGCGAUUUGGGAGCAGAACAACCGUGUCCGCGCCUCCUCCUCUGACACCUACGUCGCCAACUCCAACGAUCCUGGUCAACAAGGACACGAAGCCGACGACCGCGGAGGGACGGGACAAAAAGACGGAUUCGGGUCUCGAGGACGCUGACAAUGUUCCUCUGCGUACCCCCGAUAAAAUUGAACUGUCUAGCAUUAGAGCAGCUCCACCUAUUUCACGCUUCAUGAAGCUUACGGAUGUUAAAGAGCUAAAGAUCGGGGAGAUAAACGAUCUUCUCAUGGACUACCAGCGCCUGGCUAGGGUUCUGGGCAAGCUUGUCCAGCGCGCCCAAAUCGGGAGCAAGCCCGUACAAGACGAGGCUGAAGGUUCUACGGCGGAAAGUGAAGACGAGAACAGCUGA